AUUUAUGAAAAAUUUGUUAAACAAAAGGCUCAAAAUGUUCAGAAUACUAACCCAGGCAAACGCAGCAUAAAUACAUCUCAAUCAACUAGCGUCGUGACGAACACGUCAACUAACGUCGCGACGAACACUCAACAACAAUCGAUGGAAAUUGAUGACGCAGAUCUAUCGGUAAUGGAAUCGCAAGUUGGAGAUACACCACUAAUAAAAUCACAAAUUGAUGGUGUGCAUUCAUCAUCAGUAGGCAAAUCUAAGCCAAUCGAGGAUAAUUCAAUUAUAGUUAUAUCAGACGAAGAAGAUGAUAAACCGAAAGAUGGUGAUCAUGGUGGAGAUAAAGAUAAACUGUUCCGUCUUUAUUCUCACAAGCUUCAUAUUCGAAAACCACGUGUGCCUUAUUCCAGAAUUAGCUUUGAUGAUUCCG